AAACGAAAUCUUAUAAAAAGUUUUAUUAAAAUCCUAGUUUUCAAUCAUCUUUUAAAACUCCGAUAAAAUAUCUUGUGACUUUUCGUCAGAAAGAUUUAACCCGCAUUUACGAAUUACGGUGGAUCUAAACAGGAAGGACCACAGUGUAAUCAGAAGUUCAGUGACCGUAAACGUGUCCUUAAUUUAGUACGAUUCGUAAAUUUUGGCUUUUCUUUAUCAAACGAGUUUUUGUGAUAAAAAAAAGUUCACAUGGAGGGGAGCAAAUCGAACAUACACUUGGCUGUUGUUGCCGGAAUUUUAGCGACAACCGGUAGUUUAUUUGGCAAGGUCGCAGGGAACUUCGACGUGAUGCCGUUGGAUCACUUGGUGCCAAAAAUUUGUUUUCUGGGACUAAUGAUUGGAAGUAACACGGCUGGCUGUACUUAUUUUGUUAAGGCUUUGCAAGGAAGCGGAUCUUCGUUACCAGCAACUGUUGCGAGCGCAGCCACAAACUAUUUUUGUUCGGCACUGAUAGGUUUCCUUGCAUUUGGGGAAUCUACGUCAUUGAUGUGGUGGUCCGGAACAUCUUUAAUUCUUUUUGGUUUGCUUCUCAUCUGCUAUGCACCCGUUAAAGAAUCGCCGGUCACAACCAAACGCAAAGAACAAUAAUUCACCUGCAACAUUUUUACACUCGACUGCUGCCGCUACACUACUGCAGGAAACAACAAAGCGCCGAUAAUUCACGAAUGAUGACUCAACUCGGCAGAAUAGUAAAUCUCAAAUUUUUCAAUCUUACCGGAAAAAAGUGGCAAAAAAUUAGAGAAAUUAACGUCCUUAAAUUGCGUGGACACAUUUUUUUCCAAUUUACCCCCUCCCCUCCCCUCCCUCCCCCUUAUGUAAACAUGCGCAGAUUCAGAGAAGUGACUUUACGGCGGGGGGGGGGGGUGAAAAUUGUGUACAUAUAUA